GUGAGCCGCGUUCUCAUGCUGGUUUCCGGUCCCCUCAGCGCUGGCUCUCUGUGGCAUAUGCCGGUGAAGGUCGGAGAGGUGUCAGCCUAAGUUUGGAUAGGGAAGCGGCGGGGGGUCCUACUCAAGACCCGGGCUUUUAGAACUAAGCCAUGUCUAAAGCUUCCCGGGCUGUUAAAUCUGUAAAGAAAAUAGAUGUUUCUGGUGUGAUUCGAGCAGUCCUAGGUGCUGGACAGGCUGCACCAGGACCCCCUCUAGGACCCAUCUUGGGACAGAGAGGCAUACCAAUUGGACAGUUUUGUAAAGAGUUUAAUGAGAAGACCAAAGACUUAAUUGAAGGAGUCCCUUUGCGUGUGAAGAUCUUUGUUAAUCCUGAUCGAACAUACCAAAUAAAGAUUGGGCUGCCACCUACGUCCUACUUCCUCAAAGCUGCUGCUGGCGUUGAAAAGGGUGCUUCACAGACAGGUCAUGAAGUUGCAGGGAUGUUGACCUUGAAGCAGUUAUAUGAAAUAGCACUGGUGAAAUCUAAAGAUGAAUCCUUUAUUCUCCGGGAUAUGCCACUGAUAGAAGUGGUAAAGUGUCUCCAUGGCAGUGCCUGUUCACUGGGAAUCAAAGUCGUCAGGGACCUGUGCCCAGAAGAGUAUGGAAAGUUUCUAGAGGAGCGUCGAGCUGUCCAUCAAGCUGCUGCAGAAGCUCGACUAGCGGAAGCUGUGGCAACAAAGAAGAAGUGAUGUGACCAGAGAAGUUGAACUCAAGUACUGUGUUAUGUUCCCUGCUGCUGUGAAUAAUUUUGUACAAAUUGCAGCCUAGUGUCUGUACAGCAUUAUAUUGUAAAGAAGAUGGCAUGAAACCGGUAUUAAUACUUAAUUUCUAGUGUAAUAAAAAGAGGCAUCAUAUGCUGCGAACCUUUGCUAUGUCCUAAAAAUUGUUACUUGUGCUGUUUUAAUAAAAGUAAACUAAAACCACUA